UUGACUGUGUGUUGUGUGAAGUGGUGAAGUGUGAGUGAUAGUGAUUCCAAAUUCCAAUGUUUUAUUGGGAGUGACCAUUUUCAUAUCAACUUAUUCCAUCUUCAAUUUAGAGGACUUAAGACUAUUUUACUCCUGAUCAUUAUAAGUAUCAGUGUAAUCAAUUGACAAGUUUUUGCCAGUGAUUGGAAAUCUGCAGUUUAAUAAAUAAAUACAUUUGGAAGGUUAAGGUUAUGUUGGCGAAAUAGUUUUUAUAGGCCUAUCAAAUCAGCUGAGUUAGUUUAAAUUUUUGGCAGCUCAUAUUUUACACCUGCGAAAUGGAUUUCAGUCAGGCUGUCAAAGGACUAGAAAACGGAGCUAAUAUUGACUUGAAUGUACUGAAAGAACCACGUGGUGUUAAUAGAGUAUUGCAAUUUAUUAUUUCAAUUCUGGCCGCUCUAUUCUUGUACAGUUAUGAAGGUAAGAUUAGUAUUCAGUACUGCGUUGACCGUACUCUGGAAUUGACCUACAGCUACCCUUUCAGAAUAAGUACCUUGGCGAAAAACGCUACCUGCAACGGAACAAUCCAUAAAAUCGAAUUGUUUGAAGAUGAUGGAUUUUCAAUUUAUGCUGAAUAUUUCCUUUACAUCAGCAUUGCCUCGGUUCUGUUCUGCGUUGUGCUCAUGUUUAUCUAUGUGAAAAUGACCUCGGCUUAUGAAACUGAUAACAGAUAUCCGCUUGGAGACUUUAUUGGAACUAUGGUUUUGGCUGUAUUUUGGCUAUUCUGUAGUGCAGCCUGGUCCCACGGAUUGAGUUUUUUGAAAGUGACAACUUCACCGAAAGUUUUAUUAAGAACCCUGAAAAACAUUGAUUCUGGUGACGUCUUCAAAUUUUCCAGUGUUAAAACUGCAUCAUACUUUGGCCUCAACGUGUCAGCGCUACUUGGAUGUUUGAGCUUCUUCCUGUGGGCAGCUGACUUGUGGUUCUUGUACAAAGAAACGCCCUGGUUCCAAGGCGGAAGGUCAGAGGCAGUUGGUAGUCCUGCUUGAUUCUUCAACAAAGCUCACUGCUUUGUUGCAACUUGCAAAAAUAUUUCAUAUUAUUAGGAAUUUAAUAUUCGCCUUAGACUGCUUUUUAAAGUUUUCUUUCAAUUAUUUGUAUUUGUUUUCAACUUAUAUAGAUAGUCAUUAACUCAUUCCCAUAUUUAUUUUGUUAUAAUUAUAAAGUUGAAAGAUUAAUUAUUUCCAGAAAAAGUGAAGAUUUAGUGCGUACCUAUAUGAACACGUCUUGAAAUUCAUAAUAAAUACUGUAUUUUAUAAAAAUAGAUCACUUUUAAACAGACUUAUUUCAGUUGAAGACUUUCUUAUUUUUUCAGCAACUAACAUCAUGCUUCAACUUUCAGUUCUAGAUAUCGAACAUAAUAAUCAUAUCUAAGGAAUUAGAAUAUAUUGCUAUCUAUAUAAUUCUAUAAUGAAUUUCAAAUCGAUUGAUCUGCUGACAUAGAUCUAUGCAUUGCAGCUGAUUUAUUGGUUCAAUAACCUACACUACUAACUUUUUUCAAAUUUCGAUUGAUCUUUUUCAUUGUGUCUGGUUACGGAUUGUUGAUAUAACUCAUUGUAUAGUAAUGAUGUAAAAUAAAAUUGUUAUAUUUUAUCUUACACAGUUUCUUGAGGUGCUAAUUAUUUUUAUAAUAAUAGCAUUAUUAUUUUUAUAAUAUAGCAUAUUAAUUAGUCUAUUAUUUUUAUAAUAAUAGUUGCAGACUACAUUUGAGCACAGCUAUUUCGUGUAAAUAAAAUUCAAAGAGUAAGUGAUUAAUUGUAAAUAUUCAACAAUAAUAUGUUCUAAAUCAUGGCAGAAGAGAAAUAUGUAUUCUCACUUAUUUUGCAGUAGAAAUUGUCAUAUAUACUCUAGAUAAUUAUUGUAAUGUCCUUUUUAGAACACAUUACAACAAUAAUGGUUUACCUGAAAUAGUUAUCAUCUUAAAAUCUUAGGUUGGGUUUGUAACAUGUUUUAUGUGAAAUAUAAUAUGUAUUUUUUAUCAUGAGGACGAUGGCAUUUCCAUUGCAUCCCACUAUCCCACAUUCGCAAUUUUGGUGUUAAUUUAUUUAUCCUAUUCAUCAUUCAUGCAUAUUCAAUAAAUCAGAUUGAAUCAAUACUAAUUUAUUGGUUGAUAUCGUUCAGCAGUACAUCGUACAGCUUCAUGGAUGUAGCCUAAAUUUUAAAAAACUUAAUUUUCUUAUACUCGCUUGAGGUUGUACUUAUAUUAUUGAGUUGAUUAAAUUAUUUUUUUGAUCCGUCCUUGCGUAAAAAAAAUACUAGCUAUAUUAUACUACUAAUUUUUAUUUUUAAUAUGCUAUUAUGUAAUCUGUUUCUUCACUGUAUUACACUUUAACUUAGGUUUUUAAUAAUAUUUAUUCCAUUAUAGAAUUCAUUAUAAAAUAAAUAAAUUUCUGAAUUUA